AUGUCCGAGAUUGAACAUUAUGAACCUUAUAAACGACCUGGCUACAGGACCAAGGGUCGUGCGGCCGUAUACCGCGUCAACUACUUUGAAUUGAAAUACUACCAAAAAAGGCAAUAUGGGUCAAAUAUGUGGUCGAUAUCACAAACCCUUUUACAGCAACAACAACUGAAGGAGCUUCCAUACCCCACGAGAACAAAAACAGAAAUCAAGCGUAAAGUGUUUAGAGAGUUGGAAAAGAAAAAGGGAGAAGAAUUGUUCCAAAACGGUUCGAGCUCGGUGUUGCUCAAUGAUGACCAUGAUGUGCGUGGCAGGCAGAAUGAGUUUCUGGUGAAAAUUUCAUUGUUGCAAGAAUCGCUUAAUCUCAACGAACUCGAUACCUACUUACAAGGAGAAACUUUUAAUUUGAUUUUGGAUCCGAAUCCUCGUAAAUGUAAAUCGUUAGGUGGAGGUUUGGAGUUGUGGGGAGGUUUCUUCGAGAGUGUUCGUCCUGGGCAAAAUGCGCUCUUUGUAAAUAUGAAUCUUACUCACUCUGUAUUCUACGAAAAAAAAGACCUGGUUACAUUCUUGCAUGAUUAUCUUAAGCUUCGUGUUUUACCUGCAACUUUCAACAAAGAAAAAUCAACAGUCAAAUAUAGCCAAUCAAUUGAGCGUAUUUCGGCAAAGAAAGCAGUAGAUCAUACAUUUACGCUUAAGGAGACGGGAGAAACCACAAAUAUAAAGGAAUAUUUCAAAACACAUUAUAAGAUCGAGCUUAAACACCAUCAUGUAGUAGAAAUGCAAAGAAAGCCAGAAGCUUGGCCACUUGAAUGCUGUGAAAUUGUCCAGGGACAACGUGUUGCGCUGAAAAAUCUUAAUGGCGAUCAAAUCGCAAAGAUCAUAACCUUCACCACAGCUCUUCCUGAAGAGAAUACGGAAACCAUCUUGAGAGAAGGUGUCAGUCGUAUGUUGAAUUUCGCUAAUGAUCAAAAACUUAAGGAUUUCGAAGUAGGAGUCGACACUCAAAUGGCAGUGGUUCCCGGUCGAAUUUUUAAUUCACCAACUAUUACCUAUCAUCCGUCUUCUAAUGAGGGUCCAAAACUCAUACCGAACGAUGAUGGAUCUUGGAAUCUUCGUGGACGAAAAUUCAUCAAAAGCGGUACUCCUCAAGGAAUGACUAUAGUCAUGUGUGAACCGGAGAUCAUCUAUGCAAACCCAAAUGGAGAUUUCAAAAAAACAAUUCAAAGAGAAUACAAUAAUUUAAGAAAAUUCCUUCGUAGUGAACCGCAAAUGAUCUUGUUUCUAUUACCUCCAGAAGCUAAGAGCAGUAACAAGAGAGACAAGCAAAUGUUUCCAGAUAAAGUCUAUGAUCGUCCAUUGAAUCAGAGCCUCUAUCGUGAUAUAAAAUUUAUGACCAGUACGGCUCUGGGUUUAUUAUCGCAAUGUAUCGUCGCUGACAAGAUCAAGAAAGGUCCUUCCUACUGCGCAAACGUUGCUUUGAAAAUUAAUUUGAUGCUUGGCGGAACCAAUUCAAUUCUCGAUGAGACUGAAAUUUCUGAAUUUAUAAAAGAACCUGUCAUGCUUUUGGGUGCCGACGUUACACAUCCGACCAGUGAAAACGACCAUAAUUGCCCAUCAAUUUGUUCAGUUGUCGCUUCAGUUGAUAUUCAUGGCAGUAAAUAUAUUGAUCAACAUCGCGGACAAAAAAGGACGAAAGAAGACUCCAAGGGGGUUAAGAAGAAUGUAUCUGAAGAGAGAAUUGUUCAAAUGAAACAAAUUGUUAAAGAACUCUUAACAAAAUAUGAACGAAUUAAUCUGUACUUACCUAAAAAAAAAAUCGUCAUGUAUCGUGAUGGUGUAUCCGAGAGCCAAUAUAAAAUGGUUCUUGAUUAUGAAUUGAAGGCUAUUCAAGAGGCUUGUAGAGAAUUCAAAGACAAAGAUGAAAAAACCAAAAAUGAAAAAACUUAUGAUCCUCCAGUUACUUAUAUCGUCGUUGGUAAAAGACAUCAUAUUCGUGCAAACGCAGAGGACGAAAGAAACACUGAUAAAAAUGGAAAUUGUCGUCCUGGAACGAUCAUUGAUCAAAAGAUCACGCAUCCGUAUCUCUUCGAUUUUAUUUUAUAUUCUUACUCCAGUCUUCAAGGGACAUCACGACCAGCACAUUGCAUCGUAUUAUACGAUAAAAAUAAGUUUGAUCCCGAUACCCUUCAAGAGUUCACUUACAAACUCUGUUAG